AUGACGGAGAUGUACGCUGAUUGUCCUGACGAGAAGCACGACAUUGACGAGGAUGAUUACAACGGCGAUAUCCACGAUGGCGAAAUUACUGGCGCUGACAGGUCCUACACCAUCCGCGACUAUUUCGACAUUCGCAUCGACGAGCUAACUGGACAACUACGCAACACGGUUGCCUGUCCACGGGGCGACACCCAAUGCGACGGUUUUGUCUUUGAUUCGAUCCAAGACUGUCUGGACCACGAACGAGAUUGGCACUCUGGCCCUUAUAAAUGCUUCAUCUGCGGACAGAUUUUCGCGUCUGGGCCCCGACUGCGCCGACACGAUCACUAUACAGAUUCGGAGGAGAGAAAAGCAGAAGUCGAGGCGGCCGAAACUCGCAAAAAUGCGUGUUGCGGAGUAAAGAUUUACCACGGCAACGAGUGGGCUCGACGACGGGCGAAGCUAUUGUUAAAGAAGAUUAAGCUGGAAGAAGCAGCGCAGGAUAAGAAGAGGGAUCGAAAGAUUAUGGGGGAUGUCAAAAAGGAGAUGGCAAAAAAAAGGAAAAGAGAUGGCCCGCUGGUGGUUAUCGGUGUGGCGGGGAGAACGGUGAUGGGCGAGGUGGAAGACGAAAAGGGAGGAGGAAACUGUGACGAGCCGUGCUGUCCGGCCUUUGAGCGGCGCUUCGUCAAUGACAAGGCGCAUCAGCGGCACGUGGCGUCGCAAGGACACGUUGCGGCUAUGCGCAUGGGCGCCGCGCUCCUCGAACAGCUGACUAUCACGGCUGGCUUCAAGACGUCUCUGACUGAGACUCCCUCGCGACGAACAAACGUUGACAUGUCUGGCCGCGGCCACGAUCGAGACACUACACCCCCACCGUCCCGGCUAGUCGACAACGCUCCAACGCAGCAACUUCUCUCGCCACCGGCGACGCCGCAUGGCCCAUCGUCGUCGUCACUGUUGUCGUUGUCGUCGUCAUCACGCGACGAGGAAGAGACGAGUUGGGAUAGCAUGGAGCAUAUCCCGCUGAGGCUGGAGAGGCGGCUCGCUCUGACACAGCAAGCACUCAGAGAACUGCGAUGCAAUGCGCCGGGAUGUGGCAUGUAUGGCAAGCAAAUGGCGAGCUCACAGAGCUAUUGGGGCCAUUUGGCAUCGGAAGGUCACGUAAAGGCGCUGAAGACGUGGAGUGAAAGAGGAGGAGAGGCGGUCUAUGUUUAUGUUUGA